AUGGCUGCAAAAAGAAAGCUUGAGCCAACCGUCGAGGAGGAAGUUAUCGAUGAUUCCGACUACCUCAACUUUCUCUGUCUCGGGGGAGGUAAUGAAGUUGGUCGCUCUUGCCAUAUCAUCCAGUACAAAGGAAAAACUGUCAUGCUCGAUGCUGGUGUUCAUCCUGCAUAUGAUGGCCUUGCUGCGCUCCCCUUUUACGACGAGUUUGAUCUAAGUACCGUUGAUGUGCUGUUGAUUAGCCAUUUCCAUCUGGAUCAUGCGGCAAGCUUGCCAUAUGUCAUGACGAAAACAAACUUUAAAGGACGCGUUUUCAUGACCCACCCCACAAAGGCAAUCUAUAAGUGGUUAAUCCAGGACAGCGUUAGGGUUAGCAAUGUCCAUAACACACCAGAGACCCUCUACAACGAAGCCGACCAUCUUUCAUCAUACUCCCGAAUUGAGGCAAUUGAUUACCACACAACGCUUACUCAUGCCGGUAUAUCUAUAACGCCUUACCAUGCUGGGCACGUGCUCGGAGGUGCAAUGUUCUUUAUUGAAAUUGCUGGUCUCAAAAUCAUGUUUACUGGAGACUACUCCCGUGAAGAUGAUCGCCAUUUAGUAUCUGCUGAGAUUCCUCCUGAUAAGCCGGAUUUACUUAUUUGUGAAUCCACAUAUGGCACCGCUACACAUAUGCCCAGGCUUGAGAAGGAAGCUAGGCUCAUGAAGAUGACCACCGACAUUCUAACUCGUGGUGGCAGAGUUCUUAUGCCUGUCUUCGCUCUCGGGAGAGCACAGGAACUGUUGCUUAUUUUGGACGAGUAUUGGGAGAAGCAUCCCCAGUUCCAGACGUAUCCAAUCUACUAUGCCUCUAAUCUGGCCAGAAAAUGUAUGGAUGUGUACAGAACUUAUAUUAAUACCAUGAACGACAGAAUAAAGAAGGCAAUGUUUGAAGAGGAGGGCAGGAAUCCUUGGGACUUUAGAUGGGUCAGAUCUUUGAAGGCCAUAGAUAGGUUCGAAGACGUGGGUGGUUGUGUCAUGUUGGCAAGUCCCGGAAUGAUGCAGAACGGUGUAUCCCGCGAACUCCUCGAAAGAUGGUGUCCCGACCCCCGAAAUGGCCUUGUCAUCACUGGUUAUAGCGUCGAAGGCACAAUGGCCAAACAGAUCAUGAACGAGCCCACCGAGAUCCCCGCCAUCAUGACCGCAAACCGCGGAGGCGGCAAUCGCAGAGGAGACGGAGAUGGUAGUCAGGUCAUGAUUCCCCGACGCUGCAGUGUUGAGGAACUCUCGUUCGCCGCGCAUGUGGACUAUGGCCAAAACUCUGGGUUCAUAGAGGAGGUUGGGGCAAAAGUCGUAAUUCUGGUCCAUGGGGAACAUAACAAUAUGGGCCGUCUCAAGUCUGCGCUCCUCAGCAAGAACUCUGACAAGAAGGACAAAGACAAAGUCAAGAUCUAUAGUCCAAAGAACUGCGAGGAGCUGCGAAUCCCGUUUAAGGGAGACAAAGUUGCAAAGGUUGUCGGCAAACUCGCACAGAAACCCCCACCAACAGCAUCCCUAGCUAUGCAACUCCAGAAAGAGCAGCUUCUCACAGGUGUCCUUGUACAAAACGAUUUCAAGCUCUCCCUCAUGGCACCCGACGACCUCCGCGAGUAUGCCGGACUCACCACCACCGUCGUCACAUGCCGCCAAAAAGUCCCCAUGAGUGUGGCUGGAGUCGCCCUUGUGCGCUGGAGUCUGGAGGGUAUGUUUGGUGGAGUUGUGAACCUCGAGGAUGAUGAUGAGGAGGAGGAGGAGGAAAAUGGAAGCGAGAAGGAUAUCCCUCAGGAAGAAGAUGAUGCGGAUAUGUACGGUGGAGAGAAGUCUAAAAUGAGUGGGAGGAGCUUCAGGGUCAUGGAUUGUGUCACAGUUAGAUGCAUGAAGGGAUAUGUUGAGCUGGAAUGGGUUGGUAAUGUGCUGAAUGAUGGGAUUGCGGACGCUGUAUUGGCAGUCCUCAUGACCUUGGAGAGCAGCCCAGCUGCGGUCAAAUACUCCGCCUCCAAAUCGACCCACCACCACCACCACCAUGACCAUUCUGCCGAAGCCCCCAAGGAUAUCUCCCCGCAUGCUCAUAUCUCACCCAGACAACGUCUCGACCGGAUCCUCAUGUUCCUCGAAGCGCAAUUUGGCGACUGCGUGACGCCACUCCCCCGUGGCUCCCGGCCUGAAAAUGCGCCCAAGGAAAUCACCAAUGCGCCAGAAGGCGAAGACAUGGAUCUCGACACACUCAACCAGAUCAUCCCCGGUGUGCAAAUCAAGAUCGACAACCUCGUUGCCAACGUUUGGUUCGAGACCCUCCUCAUCGAGUGCAAGAACGAAAGCUUGCGGAUGAGGAUCAAAACAGUCGUAGAGAGAGCCGUAGAGACGGUUGCUCCGUUCGUCGACCUCGCGGGGCCAGGGUAUUAG